CACCCCCAUCUCAUCGACGGCGAACUCCCACCAGUUCACAAAUCGAGCUAAUCACACUAGCAUCAUUCUAACCCCAUUCAAUUUUCAAAAUGGAUGGGUCCGAUGCUUUUGAUGGCGACGAUGAUGCGGCAUUACGCUAUGCGAUUGCUUUAUCCUUGCAAGAAACCAGCAAAUCCUCAAUGGAAACUCCUAUCGAGCUCAGUUCGGAUGAAGAUGAUGGCGACCUAAAUAAAGAACCUAAGUAUACACCAAUUCCGAAGAAUUCCGAGAAAUCACCUAGCAAGCAGUCUUCCGUAAGGACACAAUUGGAAGUCGCGCCAGCAGCUCCGCAACAACCCGCGACCGCUCUGGCAAGUUCUUUCACAGCCCUUGGACUUGACAGGAAGAAGAUGGAAGAAGAGCGACUAGCAAGGUUAGGAAAGCGAAAAGCUACGGAAUCGGAGUCAGACACCCAGGAUCGGAGACAGAGACCGAGACUGGAUGUCCAAUCUCCAAAUCAUUCGGCUACGAAAGAUGUUCCUCGCCAUCUUCCCUACCCAAAGGGUACAGUGAAGAAAACAUGGGCUGCCGGUUAUCCUCGGAAGGAUGACAUUAAGAUCGAUGAAAUACUACAGAAAAACGAGCUCGAACUCGCAGUGGUCGGCUCAUUUCAAUGGGAUGAACGAUGGAUGUUAUCCAAGAUUGACUGUACCAGGACCAAACUCGUUUGCAUUGCUUUUGCUUCAGAUGAGGCCCAGAAAGAAGAUAUCAAAAAUAAUAUACCCAAAGGAACGGCCAUUAGAUUUUGUUUUCCACCUAUGAUGCCAGCCGGAAGUAUGCAUUCAAAGCUACAGUUAUUAAAGUUUCCUGGAUAUCUACGAAUAGUUGUACCCAGUGGAAAUUUUGUUCCCUACGACUGGGGUGAAACCGGGGUAAUGGAGAACAUGGUUUUUCUGAUAGACCUCCCCAAAAUUGACGAUCCGAAAUUACAAUCAUCCAACAUCGAUCUCGGUCCAUUCGGCGAAGAGCUCCGCUAUUUCCUUCGAGCUCAGGGUUUACAAGAUAGCUUAAUCAACAGCUUACCAAACUAUGAUUUUUCAGAAGCGAACCGAUACAGAUUUGUCCAUACAAUUGGGACAACCCACGUGGGCGAUAAAUGGCAACGAACAGGAUAUUGUGGGCUCGGUCGAGCUGUCACAUCACUUGGUCUCAACACCACCGAGAACGUUGAGGUGGAUUUCAUAACCGCUUCUUUGGGCUCAUUAAACAAGGACCUUCUAACAGCACUAUACUACGCCUCUCAAGGUGACAACGGACUAAAAGAAUACGAGACGAGAAGCACGAAAGGAAGCAAGAACAAACCGGCACCGAAGGCCAAGUUAGAUUUAAACGAUAAAUUCCGAAUUUAUUUCCCUUCUCAAGACACCGUGACCAAGAGUCGUGGUGGCAAAGAUGCCGCAGGUACAAUCUGUGUACAGUCCAAAUGGUGGGAUUCGGCAACGUUUCCCCGGGAAUUAAUUCGCGAUUGCAAAAGCGUUAGGCCUGGUCUCCUAAUGCAUAGCAAAAUUAUAAUGGUCCGACAUACUCACUCAAACGCUGCAUACGCAUACAUCGGAAGUGCGAACUUGUCUGAAAGCGCAUGGGGACGCUUAACGAAGGAGAGGGGAACUGGUAAUCCAAAACUUACCUGUCGCAAUUGGGAAUGUGGUGUGAUCAUUCCGGCUCAAGAUUCCAGCACCAACAGAUCUCAAGACCAUGAAUUAUCCGACUUUCACAACAUAAUUCCUGUUCCGAUGGAAAUACCAGGCGAAGCAUACGCCACGUCAAAACGACCAUGGCUCUAUCUCGAGAACUGAUGUCCACUUAAGUACCCAGGUACCUAUGCAGUCAAUCUCAUUGGAGCCUCCGAUCCAUCAUGCUAAUCCAUUUAUGGGUAAAGCGUGAGAAAUUAAUGCCGAGAUCAUCCGCCACGGGUGAUCGACAGUCUCCCC